AUGGCUAUCAUCCAUCAGAUUCCAGUUGAAUUACUUGAACGCAUCGCCAAUCACAUUGAUUCUGACGCCGACUUUCUCUCACUGGCUCUCACAUGUCGUGGGAUAAAAGAAUGUAUCCUUUCACCUGAUGCAGGGGUCUGGAGAGCAAGAUUCAAUGACAAAUACGAUGCAGGAUUGAAAUACACAUCUGAUCUACUGCAUAUUGAAUAUCGAACACGUGCCUUGGUCCUUUCUCAGAAAGUGUUCAUUCAUCCUAGGGAAACUGAAUGCGAGCACUUAUGGCUGGAGGUCCUUCAAACCAUGUUGAUGGAAACAUAUAUGACUAAACCUGGUGACAAUCGAAGACCACGAUCGAAGAACCUUCAGAGGAUUGCUGAAGCAGUUCAGAAGACCAAUUUUCUCAGCAGACCCAUGGUUCGAGAUGACAGUGGCGUGGUCAUGAAUCCAUCUGAUGAAUAUUGCGCUGUACAACUGUGCCUCACACACAUGUGUCUCGACCCUCUUGGUCCAGGACCAUGUCUACGAAGCAACUAUGAUACUGCGAAGGUUUACUCUUACGGCCAUGAUACCCAUCAGUCCCUUGUGGAAGACGGCCGAAUUCGACUAGACACGUUGUUGCACAUCCGCAAUUUCUGGCAAAGGCAUCUCCUGAGCACUCGAGAGCAAUCAUUUGCCACAUCGUACGAAGAGAAUGUUCAACGUAAGCCGAGAGAAUGGCUUCGUCCUUUUGAAGAUCCGAUACCUGUGAUGGGUUAUUGGUAUGGUUACUAUUCUUGCAUUCACCCUUACCCAGCGAGUCCUCUAACAUUGGAGGAAUGGCAAACAUGUGCAGGCCAUGAGAGUGACCACGAUGCAGUUUUGAUGUCUCUGAUUCUCGUCGACGCCAAUCGUACGAUCUGGCCAAAGAGACUUGAUGCUCAAUUCCCCGAACAUGACCUACUGUGUCCCAGGAAGUAUUUCAUUGGUAGCGAGGGGUUCGAGGGUGACGAUUCACUCCACUAUCACAUCCGAGGCUUUUACCAAGACAUCCCCGAGACGCAGGCAGGUAUCUAUGGCUGGAUGCGUAUCUGCUUCGUCAGUUAUCUCCUCUCCGAAGAGCGUGACGGCCAGGAUGAGCCCGAUGCCAGAAGCUGGGAAUUCUACGAUAUUGAAAAUGAUUUUGAUCGAAUCUACGGCUUUGAAGGGAUCUUAUUGCCAGGGGGAAAGAUCAUGUUGGGGAAAUACUUCGAUUUGCAAUUCGAGGGUGAGGAGGACUGCGAACGUGGGCCGUGCAUCUAUUGGGAACAUACUUCGAUGGGAAAUGUGUUGGACAUCCUGACGAUUUCGCAGAGCAUCAAUGACCCCUUUCUUACUUGCUUCUCGCCCCCGAGAGAAGAACAAGCUUGA